AUGCAGUCGCGCUUGAUCUACGGCUUCAUCACAGCCGCGUCGCUGUUCACUGGCAGCAUAGCCGGGCCUUGCCUGCCAUCCGUCUCUUCCCUCUCCAGCACCGAGAAUGUCCCAUCCAGCACAACCGAUGACGCAUCGUCCUCGACGAGCACUGUCGCCACGCUAAGUUCCACUGAAGAUGCUACAUCAACCACUGGGGUCACAUCGAGCACCGAGGUCGCAUCAACCACCUCUCAGAAAUCAUCCGCAUCAACCACUGAGACUAUCACGCAGCUGUCAAGCACCUCGCAAGCCACUUCGACCACCAGCGGCGUCUCCAGCUCCGCCAGCAGCGUGGAGCCCAUCCCCACGUUCUACAUUUACGUUGCCAACACCGACGCUGAUAGCAUCAGAGGCUCCAACCCCCUCUACCGGGACGACAUUACCGACUCCGAGAUUCGUCUGAACCUUUAUUCCAUAACACCAGGCGACGACCUCUACAAAUUCGGCGAGUUCCACGUCCAAGAGUCUACGAACCGCCUCAUGAUGGGCGAUUUCUACGCCUCGGCCGAUUCCCAGACAGAUGUCACACUUCGGGCCAGGCCACUAUCGGAUGUCACGGGAGACGAACAGUUCGUCCUGUGUGAGCCUCCUUUGGAGUUUGGGCAGAAGCUUCUUUGCUCGGUUGACUCGACUCCAAGGACGGCGUGGCAUGUUCUCACCGCGCAGACAUAUGAUACUGCCAUCUAUCUUUUAGAUCCCGACAAUGUUCCUGACGAGUACUCUUCCUUUGAGUUUAUUGUGGACCGGGUUUGA